UGUCGGAGCUUUGUCACUAACCAUCGCUAGCGUUGCUGCCAAAUACUUAUUGACUACGUCAGUUUUUCAACUUAGAACUUUUCAUCAGAAUGCCUCCGAAAGGAAAGGGCCGCGGGGGAGGUGGUCAUAAGGGUCAACCCCGACACUUCACUACCCCAGAGGAGGUUGCAGCCCAGCAGGAGAAAGAAGAAAAGGAGCGCCAGUGGAGACAACGAAGAAACGAUGCCGGAGAUGACGAUGACGAAAGUGCAUCUGGCUCCGAAAAAGAAUCGUCAGAGGAAUCUAGCGAGGAAGAAGAAGAAGAAACUAAGAAGAAGGGCGUUGAAGGUUUGAUCGAGAUCGACAACCCUAACCGAGUUGUCAGGAAAGUGAAGAAAGUAUCGGCUGUUACGGAUCAGGAUCAGCCAGCUCAGCUCAGCCGCCGAGAGCGUGAGGAAAUUGAAAAACAACGCAAUAAGGCACAUUACGAAAAGCUCCACGCUGCCGGUCUCACUGAACAGGCUCGCGCUGACUUGGCUCGCUUGGCGAUCAUACGAAAACAGCGGGAAGAGCAGGCACGCAAGAAAGCUGAAGAAAAACGACUCGCCGAGGCAAAAGCUGCCGCAGCGGGCAAAAAGUAGGAUUGCGGUUCUCAGUUCUCAGCAUAUAGACACAAAUCACCAUCUUAGAGAAGGAAGGAGUAUCGCGGCGAUGAGGGAUGGCGGAAGGAGUAUGAAAACACGAGUUUCCGGCAAAUACAAAAAGCGUCGAGGGGGGAAAUCGAAUACACGAUUUCGAUAAAAUGUCAUACGCACUAACACUUCAUCGAUUUCAUAUAAUCAUUUUUCUUUCUCGGCGCUUCCUGCACUUCCCAAAACAUAGCACUGGGAACUCGUGUUUUCAUACUCCUUCCGCCACCCCUCAUCGUCGCGAUACUCCUUCCUUUUCUAUGA